CAUGUGGCAGUUUUUCUGUGCAAUAAUGCCAGGAUUGCGGGAGCGAAGAGUGAGCAUACAUCUAGUCCCUCCGCAGCGCCAAAGUAGGUGGUAAUCCAUUGUUUGAAUCUGUUGUUUGUUUAUCUUGAUCUUUGCAUCCCUGCAUUAGAUCUUUUUUCUUCUUUUUAACUAACUUCCUUGGGGUAUUAACUUUGUGAAAGUACUUUCUGAAACAUUUUAGUGUAUGUGAAAUUGAUGUAUUGGAUACCAAACCAAACGAAGCAUGAACUAAUUCUGGUAACUUUUCCUUGGAGCAAGCUAAUUGAUCUAUUACCAUCUGAAGAUAUAUUGCAACAUGUCAGUUUAGUAAUUCAAAAUUGACGUGUUGCAAUAUGGCAUGAAGACAUGAGAUACUAUUUCGUAACAUCACACUCCACUGCCCUAUGUAUCUGUCCCCAUUUUGUUUUCUGAAAAUCAUUUAUUUGAUAGUUUCUACAGUUAUCAGUUAUUUCGUUGAAUGUGUAAUCUCGAAUGACAUUCCCUUCAUGUAUCAGUUUCUGCUUCUUCUAGCCAGUACUUUUACUACAUCCAGUCACACUCCAACAUACUUCCGCUCAUGUCUCUAUUUACCUGCGUAUUUGUAUUGACUGGAAUGUUAUAGUUGUAGAAUAGUUUGUGAGAUGUACUGUUUCAGACAUUCCGUGUUCUCCUAUGUAGAUGUCAUUUUGAAUGGACUUUGAUAUAUCUGGCAAUUUUCUUGUCAUUUAUCCAAGGGAAAAUGAACUGUGUCAGGUGGCGCUACAAGCUUUGCCCUUCAAUCAUUGAGGAUUUAACUCGAGUUAUUCAGAAUUUCUUCCAGUCAUGUUAAAGCAGUGGAAUGAUGCCAUGCAUUACAUGCUGUGAGAGGUUUAAUUAUCUAGCUACAUGGGUAGCCAACUUUGGUAAGGAAUUAUAUUGUCCAUCCUUUUUCUGUCUUACCUUUUCAUCUUUUCCUGAUUGUUGAGGUUGAUUGCUGAAAACUUAUCACAGAACUUGAUUCCAUACCUCAAGAAGAGUUUAUAAACCUUCUUUGUGGUAAUAGGAUCAGUCCACCUCUUCAUCAUUCUUUAGUACAAAUCCAUUGGAGAAGCAGUAUGAAUGUUUUUUGUGGAUUUUCAGGAAAUGGAAUCCAAAAUCAUUCUAACUUGUGUUGUUCUUCAUAGGAUCUCAAGCGUAUGCAAAAAUUGAUUUCUGGUGCUAGGAAAGAAUCUUCAACAUAUUUUAUUUGUUCAGCUGAAAUUUUGCAUUAUAAUCUACCGAGUAAAGAUAUGUCAAGUACUUCUGGCAACACCAACUAUCCUAUUCUACUCUGGUCUCUGUCGGCUUCCAGUCUUAUUGGUUAAGGCAAGUUCUCUUACACUUGCCAAGUAGCAGUAGCACUCAAAAUGUUCUUUGUCUGCAUGACUUUUUGGUGGGAAAAAGAGACACGAAAAAGAAGUGAUUCGGGGAGACGACGACUUUUGCUAUGCAGGAAAUGGCCUUAGAAGCAAUUUUCUUGUGUGAUAACUGGGCAACUUGGAGUGAAGGACAGAAACUCAGUCCUCAUUAGUGGGACUUGUGGGAGUUAGAUGGCGCUUCAAGUUUGGUUUUCUUAAAAAAUGUGCUCGAGAGUUCAGAUAUUUAUUCGUCUCACAUGGUGAUAACAUGAUUGUGCAAAAUAUGAGAUACCCGAUAUUCUUGGCGCAGCAAACUUGUGUUCUUGAAGUUCUGUACCUAACCAUGAUGAUGGGCAGCUGGUCAACUCCCUCAGUUACACGUAUUGAUUUGUGACUGGAAACAACCUCAGUUACCAGCAACAGACUGGAAACUGUACCUUAAAACAGGAUCAGCUGCCGCUAAACUCACUCAGCUACAUGUAAUGAUAUUUGACCGUUGUUGUCUGGGGGAGACUGCUCCAAAGUUCCUUGGUCGUGCCUGUUUUUCUCCCAAGAGACAUCUAUCAUUGACGAUCACCCCCGAGUGAUGACCUUAAGGGAAAGAAGGUUUUGAACAAUCUCCUCCCUGUGAAGUCGAAUUGGUAAGUCGCGUUGGAAUCUUAUGAAAUCUGCCGAGUCAGAUUGCUUUGUUGGAUUCACCAUGAUGUUGAAACUUGAAAAGGGUUGUUUGUCCCCGUCAUAAAAAAAAAAAUGUAGUUUACAUUUGACAUUUUGCCAAUGGGCGGCGGUACAACCCUGCCUUUUUCUUCUCUUUUCUUUCGAAAAGAUCCUUUUGUUUGUACUAACCAAUUAGGAUCCAUUAUCUUCCUCAGGUUUUGAUUUUUCUAAAUUGUUGGCAGCGAAUACUUUCAGUCACUAUCCGUUAACGUGAAAUCUCACUAGAGGUGUUGAAUUAUCUCGAAUUUGGGUCCAAACAGUAGUUUUAAGUCAGAGAUAAGUUACUGGAGAUGGAAAAUGCAAACACGAACUGUAGAGUAAGAACAAAACGUCUUGAACAAAAAAAAAAAAAAAAACCAGGAAAAUCUGAUCACCUUCUUUUAUUUAGAUGAUGGACUGGUCAUCAGGAUGCGGUGAUGACGAAUGGAAGCCUCCGAGUUCAAUCGAUGGCGAUUAUUUAGAUGCUCUGGAAGCUGAGAUUAAUGGUAGUCCGAUGCGUUUUGCGAGCGGAAAAGACACACCUGAUGAAUACGGGGGGGUUGGUGGACUGGGAUUAUUAUAUCCACGUGAAUGGAGGAAAUGGGAUAGUGUUGAAUCCUGAAUCCCUGAACCCACUUCCUGGUCCUCCUCCUGAUGAUGUUGAUAUCAGGUGGUAUUACGACAACAAUGGACUCAGCGCUUUAGCGAUUCGUGUCCGAGAUGGGGGUGUUGUUUGGUGUUAACCACCACCAUAUCCAAGAGAACUCCUACUUUCUUGCUGAAAACCUCUGUGUUAUUGGUCGUCGCAUGAUUGCCACUAUCUCUGGAGCCGGCCGGGAUCAGUGCCCAAUGUUGCUGAAAGAUUUCAGCGACAAGUGCUUGGAUUAUUGUUGUAAAGCAGAAGAAGAGAUUCCGGUGAAAGAGGCAUUGGAGUUGAUGAGGCAAACACUGUAUCGUCGGCGUGAAGUAGGAGUAAUCGUCGUGGGGUGGGAGGGCGGCGAUCCCGCCUUGUAUCGGGUGGACGGUUGUGGGGUUGUGAUUAAAGGGACGAAGAUGUUGGCGACGGGGUGUGGAUAUAGAGAACCUAUGCUUCUCUGGACUUGGCUUGUCGUGUCAUUAAUAGAGAAAUAACUUUUCCUCCAGGUGAUGCCACAACUAGUAAGCAGUCUCCGUGUCACCAGCAGCUCGACGACGACGACAACGGCGAUUUCACUUCCGAGAUCUGUCUAGAAUGUAUCGGGCUACGACCUAUGAGUGUUAGGAGAGAUACGUUGGAGCGCAGCUUCUAGCAGUAGUUGUAGGCAAAGAUGCCAUCUUGGGAUAACCCUUGCCCCUCCCGUUUCUACCUUGUUAGUACCGUAAGAGCCGGCCGGGAAACGGAGAGGCGACGCCGAAAAGGAGACGGGGGCCAAUGGUUUUUAAUUUCGAGAGAAAUUAGAAAUUGUUAAUUUAUUUUUUCAGUAAUUAAUUAAUUUAAUAACUAGGAUGAAUUAACUAGAGUUAAAUUUGAGUGGGAUGGGUUUAAUGAAUAGGACACUUGACAAUAUUUUAAAUAGUGUGAUUAGUAGAGCACUAUAUCCUGUGCCAGAUGCAGAUAAAAGUAAGAAGUUAAGUGAAUUUGUAGAUGAAAACGAUAACUGGAAAUGGCUUGAGAUAUCACACUGGUUGUCUGAGGAAGUCAUCAAAUAUAUAAGGGCUGUUCCUCCUCCACAAAAUGCUAUGGGGGAAGAUAGAGUUGUGUGGAGCUCGACUGUCUCUGGUAGAUGUACUACAGCCUUUGCCUUUCAGGCCCUGUAUGCUGGUAGGUGAAGUUGCAAAGAGAGGAAGUGGGAAGCAGUGUGGAAAUGGCAGGGUUCGGAGAAGAUUAAAAUAUUCUUAUGGCUUUUGAUGAAAAAAGCUUUGCUGGUUAAUGCAGAGAGAUGUCGGCAACACAUGACCGAGGAUGGGAGUUGUCACAUUUGUGGGGUUCUGGAGACGAAGCUUCACGUCUUUCGUGACUGUACUCACAGCAAAUGGAUUUAGCAGUCUAUUAAUCCUUCGCUGGAAGCAAGUUUUUGGGAGGAGUUAGACCUCCAAUCAUAGAUUUUAUCUAACUUAUUGUCUUCUACCUUGCAUGUUGGCUUACCUUGGAAGAUGUGGUUUGCUACUGCUUGUUGGAAAAUUUGGACUGCACGCUAUGAGGAAAUUUUCGAUGCAGCUAAAAAAAAGAGAACUGUUAUUGAUUAUAAGAGCUGCAAUAAAGGAAAUAGCCUGGACUAAUGAGGGUUUCAAAAGGAGGACGAUUGGAUUACCAGCGAACACUUUGUUUUUGUCUUGGAAACCCCGCCGGUGGGCAGCAUUAAGAUAAAUACGGACAUGGCAAUUGAUCCUCUUCUUUGCUCUGCGGCUGCUGGAGGAGUAUUCCGGGAUAGCUCUGGCAACUGGCUAUCAGGCUUCUCUAUCAACGUUGGUUUUUGUUUAGUAACGGAGGCGGAGCUAUGGGAGGUGUUCUACGGCUUGAAUUGUGCUGCUUCUUUUGGCUUCCCUCAUAUAGUAGUAGAGGUAGAUUCUUUUGAGGCUAUGUCUCUACUGCUGAAUAUUGAAGAUGAACGACUCCAGUCUAACCUGCUGCGUAGAAUUAGAUUCCUACUUAAACGCAACUGGUGCGUGGAAUUUAGUCAUGUACUUAGGGAAUGUAACAGUGUAGCGGAUCUGUAGGCAAAGAAAGGUCUACAUCAGUUGGGUGGGUUACAUAUUUUGGCACAGCCCACCGACGCGGUACAAACCGUCUUUUUAUUAGAUAGAUCGGGCACUCCUUACCUAAAGAGCAGUCAUUUGUAAUUAGUCCGUUCUGCC